UGGUCCCAGCUCAGCGCCUCUCCGCACUCCUCUGGCGCUACAGCCCCCGACGUGCCAGAGCAAAGUUCUCGACCGCGCUCCCUCCGCGGCAGGGCGUCCUCCCGCUCCGGCAGCCGGGGUACCCAAGUGGGUCGUGGCGGCAUCAUCCUCAGGCCGGGCCGCGGGGGGAGGGGGCGGCCUGGAGGCAGUGGCGGGGUCAGCACGGUCCGCGCCGGCGGGGCCAUGGAGCCCAGGGAGUCGGGGAAGGCUCCUGUGACAUUUGAUGAUAUCACAGUGUACUUGCUCCAGGAGGAAUGGAUGCUGCUGAGUCAGCAGCAGAAGGACUUCUAUGGUUCUGACAAGCUGGUGCCACCACUUGGCCCAACUGUUACCAGCCCUGAACUCUUCUGUGAGUUUGGGAAAGUGUCCAAGCCAUGGCCAGGCAAUGUCCAAGGCCAGAGGAGUCUCCUGGACCAUCACCCCGGAAAAGAUCAGGUGGGCUACAUGGGAGAAAUGGAUGUGCAGGGUGCUACCAGGGAAGGUGGACUGUACGUGCCACCUCAGAAGAAAGCUUGCCUUGGCCGCUGCAGUGUGGAGAGUGACACCAUCAAGGGAGACUGGACAGGGAGAAGCAAGAAACCUCUGAAACCCCGAUCUAUCCAGAAGUCAUGGUUUGCACAGUUUCCAUGGUUGAUCAUGAAUGAGGAACAGACAGCUCUGUUUUGCUGUGCCUGCAGAGAAUACCCAUCUGUCAGGGACAAACGGUCAAGAUUAAUAGAAGGUUACACAGGACCAUUCAAGGUGGAGACUCUCAAAUAUCAUGCCAAGAGCAAAGCCCAUAUGUUCUGUGUCAAUGCCCUGGCCGCCAGGGACCCCAUCUGGGCAGCCCGUUUCCAGAGCAUCAGGGAUAGUUCUUCAGAGGUCCUGGCCAGCUCUGAGCACCUCUUCACAGCAGAUUAUCCCAUGUUCUACCCCCCAGGGCCUCUGGAAGACUUUGAUAGUAUGGCCAACCUCCUGCCAAGCUCGAGAGCAGAACUAGAGGACCUUGGAGGGAGUGCAGCAAACCCUGCAUUGUAUCUAGACUGCAUUUCAGAUGUGAGACAAAAAGAAAUCACCAGUGACAUCUCUUCAGACAUUAACAUUUUGUGUAAUGACACUAUUGAAUUCUGCAGUCAGGACCCUCCUGAAGAGGGGCUGCUGGAGGUUCCUGUGGUGUCUGGGGAGCUCCCGGCAGUGUUUGAGGAUGUGGCAGUGUAUUUCACCCGGGAAGAGUGGGGCCUGCUGGACAAGUGGCAGAAGGAGCUGUACAGAGACGUGAUGCGGAUGAACUAUGAGCUCUUGGCAUCCCUGGGGCCUGCUGCUGCAAAGCCAGACUUGAUCUCAAAACUGGAACGGAGAGCUGCCCCCUGGAUCAGAGACCCGAUCGGACUGAAGUGGGGGAGUGGUCGGUCCCCAGGGAAAAAGAAAAUGGUAGCAGAAAGAGAGGCAGAUGCACAAUCCUGGGCUGCAGAAUCGGCAUCACUUCCAGCUCCUCCUGUGGAAUCUUAUGCCUACUGCCCUUCCAGCACGUGUGAGGUAGAAGCAGAAGGACCUAGGAAAAUCCAGAGGACUUACCGACCCCGAUCCAUUCAGAGGUCGUGGUUUGGGCAGUUCCCGUGGUUAGUAAUUGACCCCACAGAGACCACGCUCUUUUGCUCAGUCUGCAGAGAGAGACCUACCCUCCAUGACAAAUCAUCUCGGUUAGUUCGAGGCUAUACUGGGCCUUUUAAGGUGGAGACUUUAAAAUAUCACGAAGUCAGCAAGGCACACAAACUCUGUGUCAACACUGUGGCCAUCAAAGAUGACAGCCCUCAGGCUGCCCUAAUCCCAGAGAUCUCUAGUGACCUCAUGGCCAACAUGGAACACUUCUUCAAUGCUGCCUACUCCAUCGCAUACCACUCCAGGCCCCUGAAUGACUUUGAGAAGGUCCUGCAGCUCCUCCAGAGCACUGGGACUGUGAUUUUAGGUAAGUAUCGAAAUCGCACUGCAUGCACUCAGUUCAUCAAAUACAUCUCAGAGACUCUGAAGAAGGAGAUCCUUGGUGACAUCCGGAACUCUCCGUGUGUGAGUGUGUUGCUGGACAGCUGCACAGACUCCUCUGACCAGGCCUGUGUGGGGAUCUACAUCCGUUACUUUAAGCAGAUGGAAGUGAAAGAGUCAUAUAUUACCCUGGCCCCUCUCUACAGUGAGACAGUGGAUGGGUACUUUGAGACCAUCAUUGCUGCCCUGGAUGAGCUGGACAUCCCCUUCCGGAAGCCUGGCUGGGUAGUAGGCCUGGGGACUGAUGGCUCCACCAUGCUGAGCUGCAAGGGAGGCCUCAUGGAGAAGUUCCGGGAGAUCAUCCCCCAGCUGUUGCCUGUCCAUUGUGUGGCCCACCGGCUGCACCUGGCUGUGGUGGACGCUUGUGGGAGCAUUGACCUGGUGAAGAAGUGUGAUAGGCACAUCCGAACUGUCUUCAAGUUUUACCAGUCCUCCAACAAGAGACUGAGCGAGCUGCAGGAUAGUGCGGCUGCCCUGGAGCAGGAGAUCGUCCGCCUAAAGGACCUGAAUGCGGUCAGGUGGGUGGCCAGCAAGAGGCGCACACUGAACGCACUCAUUGUGAGCUGGCCUGCCCUGGCAAGGCACCUCCAGAGUGUGGCAGAAGCAGGGGGCCAGAUUGGGCACAGGGCCAAGGGCAUGCUGAAGCUGAUGAAGGGCUUCCAUUUUAUUAAAUUCUGCCACUUCCUGUUGGACUUCCUUAGCAUCUACAGGCCCUUGUCUGAGGUGUGCCAGAAGGAGAUCGUUUUGAUCACAGAGGUGAACGCCACACUGGGACGGGCCUACGUGGCACUGGAGACCCUCCGCCACCAGGCAGGACCCAAGGAGGAGGAGUUCAAUGCCGGCUUCCAGGAUGGGCAGCUCCAUGGCGUCUUCCUGGAGAGGAUGGAGAUGGCAGAGCAGCGGUUCCAGGCUGACAGGGAGAGAAUGAUCCUGACUGGGCUCGAGUACCUCCGGCAGCGGUUUGAUGUGGACCGUCCCCCUCAGCUCAAGAGCAUGGAGGUAUUUGACACCAUGACCUGGCCCAGUGGGGUUGAACUGGCCCACUUUGGGAAUGAUGACAUUCUCAGCCUUGCCAGGUAUUUUGAGCUCUCCCUUCCUACAGGGUACAGUGAGGAAGCGCUGCUGCAGGAGUGGCUGGGUCUAAAAGCCACUGCCCAGAACCUCCCGUUCUCCAUGCUGUGUAAAAACGCCCUGGCCCAGCACUGCCGCUUCCCCUUGCUGAGCAGGCUUGUGGCUGUGGUGGUCUGUGUGCCCAUCUCCACCUCCUGCUGUGAGCGGGGGUUCAAGGCCAUGAACCGGAUCAGGACUGACGAGAGGACCAAGCUCUCCAAUGAGGUGCUCAACAUGCUCAUGAUGACAGCGGUGAAUGGUGUGGCAGUCACAGAGUACGACCCCCAGCCUGCCAUCCAGCACUGGUACCUGACCUCCUCAGGCCGGCGUUUCAGCCAUGUCUACUCCUGUGCCCGGGUGCCAGGCGGCUCCCACACAAGUGCGGGGCUCAAGAAGGAGGGGAUGGGAACACUCCACAUGGAGGGCCCUGUGGCCCGGAAGCCACCCGUCCCGCCCUCCAGGGAGCCCUGGAGGUUCUGAAGGACUGCAUCAUGGAGCCUCCUGAGACUCCUGUACCAAGCACCAGCCCAGGGGCCACACAUGGUUCUGAGCAAGUGACAGCCUGGAGAAGGCUUUGGGAAUCCCCUAAUGACCCUGGCCCUUUUUCCCCAACUUAUGAGAACAGGCCCUCUGCAGGUUCUAGGAUGUCCUGGCAGACAUGCCCCUAAAGGCCCAGAAAGUGGGCAGAUGGUUGAAACCAGCAUUCCCAAAGGACAGGGUAAUUAGGAGGUGUGCCACUAAUUGCCCACGGUUGUAUCUGAGCACAGCAGUGCCUCGCCACUCCAAAUAGGCCAGCGAGCUGGGCAUAUCAGGGCAUUUCUCUACUGCGCUUGGGCCUGCUUUUAGGAUGCAGCAGAGGAAAACCCUUUGCGUGGAGCACCAAGAUGGAUUUUGUUCCACAGCUCCAGGGGUGAGAUGAGUGCUUUCCCUGGAGGAACUCCCCCCAGCGCCACUGGAGCCCUUGGGCAUGGCCAGCAUCAGAACAAAAGAGUACAUGGGAUCAAGUCUGGAGCUGGGGGAUGUGAGAUCAGACCAGCUCCACUGCAGGCAGUGGCUCGCCAUGGUCAAUUCCUUCCUUUCUGUGCCUCAGUUUCCCCGUCCAUGCAGUAUAGCAGAGUCCAAGUGCCUGCUGGCUCCCCGUCUGCCAUACCAUUAGAGAAGGCUCUCUCCAGGUCUCCAUCCUUAGUGGGACAGUAAGUUUUGCCCCCAGAGUCCUGCUGUGGGCUGAGGUGCUCUCCACAUGUACCUUCAACAGGACAGGCAUGCCCAUGCUCCUGCAGCCUGUUUGGGGGGCUCUGCUGGGAACCACCAGGACUGCCUGUUAAGUGUGCCCCACCCAGGUAUGUGGAAUCAUCCUGUCAUGGCUUAGCUACUGGCAGUUUCUAAAAGGCUCCUGCAGGAACUCUUUGGUUAUCCUGCAGCUUAAGAACGUGACCCUAAAGGCCCAGAGGGCCUCCUACACGCCCAGGUCCUUUGUCUCCUCCGCUGUCUUCAGCCUGAAGUGAAGCACUUUCCCUCCCCAGGGGAGGCAGCAGCUUGGCCUCUGCUGGCUCAGGGGCCUGCCCAUCAGGGCGGGAUGAUUUGUCCAGGUUCUGCCUGCCUUAGCCAUGGGUGAGAAGUAAGGAAUAUUUGAGGGGAGGGCUUCUCACGCCUGCCUUAUGCCUGCAGGGGGGCCCUGCUCUAUGGUGCAAGUACCCAUAGUCACCCUGACCAGCAGUCAGCCUGAUUCUUACGCCAACAGGUGCUGGAAGCCUGUGAAAUGCUGGCAGCCAGGUGCCUCACUGUUAUGCAGCUGCCCUGGAUCCUGCAUUCCUUCCUGUUACCCCCUUACACUCUGCCUUAGCACCUCAUGUUCCUCUAGUCAGGAAUUCCUUCCCCCUUCUGCCCCCACCCUGUGGAGCUAUCUCCACACCGGCCCUCUGGGCCUGAGGGCUGAGGGACAGCCUUCAACCCUCCAGCUCUGGGAGGUGGCCACCUAGGGCACAGACCUCCCUCUCCCACCCACCUGCGUUUGAGCAGUUCAGGGAUUUGCCAGGGCAGGGGUGGGGUUGUAGCCCCACCCCAGGGAUUCCAGACUCAAGAGAUGUUCCAGCAAGUGCCCUUCUAGUGGGUCUUCCAUCCCUUCAAAGUCCCCUAAGUGAGCCACCAGUCUGAGCAUUCAGGGUAGCUUUCUUCAGAGCAGUCUGGAAGGAUGUUCUAGAGCCGAGGGGACUGUCAGGCAAGCAAGCGCCCUCCCUUUCCACUGCAGCACACUGUGGUCACCAUCCAGUGCCUCCCGCUGUUGGAAAGGAAUUGGUCCCUGAAGUGGCAACUGAAAAUGCUGUUUAUCCCAGGUGUUUGCCCUACCCCAAGUUUCUCGAGGGACCUGGGCCACCUCUGGUAUGUCUUUGCCUGCUCAAGGCAAAGAGAAAAGAAGACAAGUGACAUUCUUGUUGAGGACCCCUGGUGGCCAUGUGGCAAGUGCCCUUCUGUCAGAACCUCAAUGCCCAGGCUGGCCUUCUUGCUCUGUGUCCAGGGGCUGGCUGUGUUCUAGAGUCUGGGCCCUGGAGACCCGGGUGGGAAAUGUGCCUGUGUUUGCCUCACAGGGAAAUGAGCUGGGGGGCACUGUGAGGCAGGAGAAGCACUUCUUUUGGCCAUUGUCUCCACCUCCUUCCCUGCCUGCAAUUUUGACAGCAUCUCCAGGCGCACAUCCUGGCCCUUGGCCCUCCCUUCCUUGAUGACUGACGCCCACAAGGGCUGACAUUCUGAGUAACCAGCAUUGUACUUGACACUUGAUUGCAGUAGCCAUAGAGACUGGGGGAGUGAGGGAGCUUAGCCCCUGUCCCAGCUGGGCACCUUAGAGUGUAACCAACUCCAUAGCUUUGUUUCUGUGUGUUGCAAAGGGCAAGUCCCUAGGGUGCUCGAGACAAGGUCACCAGUUCCCUCACACAAGCGUCUUCAUAGCCAAGAAACCAAAGGUGACUGGCCAGGAGUGUCCUUGCCUUCUCUAGUUUCAACAAUGUACAAAUGUGGUUUAAAAACCAUGUUCAAUUCUUAACCUUUUGUUAUCUGAAUAAAGCAGUUUAUUUCAACACAA